UCCUAUUCCGAAAAAAGAAAAGAAAAACACGUCAACGCACUAACGAAGAAAUUACACUCUCUCUACGUCGUUGACUGUUGAAUUUUCAUUCCUUAAAAACAAAACCCUAAACCUUAAAUUCUCUCACAUUUUCAAUGGAAUUUUGGGGUGCUGAGGUUAAAAGUGGACAGAGCUUUGAGGUUGAAUUAGAGGAUGAUGGCAGUAGGAUUUUGCAUAUUUCACAGGCUGCCCUUGGUGAGGUGACCAGUGAUAACAAAAAAGAAAAAGGAAAUGGAACUGCUUGCAUCUAUCUCAAAUUCAAUAAUGAAAAGUUUGUAAUCGGAACACUUUCCCAUGAUAAAUUCCCCCAGAUGCCAUUGGAUUUGGCAUUGCAUAGUAAAUUUGAGUUGUCCCAUACCUGGAAGAAUGGCAGUGUUUAUUUCACUGGGUAUUAUGUUGAUACGCCUCAAGGUAGUGGUUCUGAGUCUGAAGAGGAGCUUCCUGAACCCAUAGUUAAUCCCGUAAAGCCUCAUGCUACAAUAUCUGAUCCUACCACGUCAAAACAGGUUAAGAUUGUGGAACCAAAAAAAGCAGAGGAUAGUAGUGAUGACGAGGAUGAAGAUGAUACUUCUACCGAGGAUGAAAUGUCCAGUGAGGAUCAGGAACCUGGCAUGUUAGUAAAUGGUGAGAAUGAAAGUGACAAUGAUACUGACAGUGAUGAGGAUGAUAGUGAAGAAGAAAGUUCAGAUGAGGAUCCUGAGACACCUGAGACGGAAAAGGCCGGACCGAGCAAGAAGAGAUCUGCAGAGUCAGCUACAAAGACCCCUGCACCAGAAAAGAAGGCAAAGCUAGUCACUCCCCAAAAGACGGAUGGCAAGAAAGUGGGUGGACAUACAGCAACUCCUCAUCCUUCAAAGGAAGCCAGAAAGGCAUCGGCUACCACCGGUCAAGUGAAUCAGAGCGCAAAGCCAGGCGGUUCAUCAUUCCCUUGCAAGUCUUGCGGCAGGUCAUUUGGCUCUGAAAAUGCCUUGCAAUCUCAUUCCAAGGCAAAACAUGGAAUUGCAGUGUAAAAAUCAAUCAGUCUAACAAGUAAUAUCUUUGUUUAACUAUUACCAUUCCUGGAAUGGGCAAAUUGAACAUAAUUAGUUAAAUGUUUUAGGUGACUAUAAUUGAUGAUUUAUGUGUUUAAUGAGUAGUAUUUGCAAAUUAUUAGGUUAUCUUAAAUGAAAUUGUGCUCUGCCUAUAGCAAAAAAUUAUGUCAUAUUGGUAUCAUUUUCUCA